UUACUAUACAAGAGUUGACACCCGCAACGUCGGCGUCUGGUCAUAGCGGUGACAACAGCAACUGCAACGCACGGAUGGAGCUCGCGAAUGCCAUCGCUGACGCCUGUCUGCCAGUGGCGGAUUCCGCGAGUGAUGCGUGUCAAUUAUUGCGAGAGUUCUUGUCCGCUGCUCUCCGUGCCGCAAAUGGUUCGUCAUCUUCCUCAUCCUCGUUAUUGGGACCUCAAGACGGUGGUGAGGGCAGGAUGGCCACACGAUUGUUAGGUCCGCUGCGAACACUGCGGACGGCAUUUGUGCGAUUUUCAACUAGCCUUCUUCCGCGGCUUUUGUUUCUUGUGCCGCCGAUGAUGCGGGUUGUCAUGCGUGCUGCCUGUAGCGCCGAUAGCGUCAAUUGGGGUGAGGCGUCGCUGCUGGCAGCUGACGUUCUUUCAGUGCUUCUCGCUUCGCAGGCCGCCGCGUCGUUGAAGACCGGCCUGCGAUUUCUCUCGGAUGCCGUGCUGAUGGUGCCGCGGCUUCUCUUCUCCCUUCGUGGCAAGGCGGACAGUGCAAUGCUGGACCGUGUCGCGUAUGCCUUCUUGCAGCCGCUGUGGAGGGUAGCGAGCGGCGGGCAUCCGCUGCUGCAAUGCCCCGCCACAUCCACCGACGACGCGGCAACGCAACUUCGUUUGUCGUUGCCGUCACUCUUUGAGCUCCGUGUGCCGGACGAUGAGGCACCCGGGGCGUAUGUGACGGUGGACGGUGUGUUGUCCCGCUGCACGGAACGCACGAGGGAGUUGGGGGCGCAUCUGCUCUUCUACCUGUGCGGCGAGGCACCGUGCACGGGGGCGGCACCGCCUGCACACACGACUCUCGCCAGCACACUCUUUCAACGUUAA